ACAGUGCUGCACUGGGCAGCUUGGAAAGGGAAUGAAGAGGUGGUGCGACUACUAAUACAGAGAGGGGCGGACGUCGAAGGGAAGGAUAAUAUUGGAGAAACAGUGCUACAUUUUGCAGCUCUGGGAGGGAACGAGGCGGUGGUGCGGCUACUAGUAGAGAGGGGAGCAGACGUUAAGAAAGAGGAUAAUAGUGGAGAGACAGCGUUG